AUGGGCUUUCGACGUUUCUUUUUGUCCUUCCUUUUAUCGGCCUACUUCCUUUUCGAUGUUUCGACCUCAAGCUCUAGUAGCCUGGCAUGCAAUUCCAAUGACCUGAAAGCCUUGACUGGGUUAUCCAAUUGCUUAGGAUCAUUGAUUGCUGGGUGGAACAGCGUGGCCUCUCCUGAUUGCUGCAAUUGGACUGGUGUCACUUGUGAUAGUUCCAUUGUUUCUGGCAGAAGGGUAGUUGGCUUAGAACUUGGUAGCAGGAAACUCAAGGGGAAGAUCUGUGAAUCCUUGGCAGACCUUGAUCAGUUGAGAUUUCUAAGCCUCUCUCAUAAUUUUCUAAGCAGUUCACUUCCCGAUGAUUUGUUUAGACUGCAAAACUUAGAGAUCAUAAACAUAAGCUCUAAUGAUUUGUUGGGCCUAUCAACAGAGUUGCAAAAUCUUCGUGAACUGCAUAUUCAGGAUAAUAGGUUCUCUGGGCCGUUGAAGAAUGGAAUUGCUAACCUUUCCAACCUUGUGAAACUGGAUAUUUCCUCUAAUUUGUUUUCUGUAAUUCUUCCGGAUGCUUUUGGGAGCUUAACAAGACUUGAGCAGUUCUCAGCCUCCUCAAAUCUAUUCAUUGGUCGUUUGCCUCGUUCGGUUGUGAACUCUCCGUCACUUCAAAUGCUCGUCUUGAAAAACAACUCUCUAAGUGGUCUAAUCAAUCUCAGUUGUUCUGCAAUGAAUCUCUCUCAAUCUUGGUUGUUGGGUAAUGAGCAAGCUGUCGAGAUUAUUGAGAGGCUUGGUGGAGUAAAACCAGGUGUUGAUACUCUCAUUUGGCUUCCAAACAGUAAUGGUGAACAUACUAAUAAUGUUGCAGAAGUGUUAAGUAUUUUGCAUGGCCUUCGUACUGUGGAUCUGAUGGGGUUUAGAAAGGUGGAAAUAGAAAUGGACUCAAAACUGGUGGUGGAAUGGAUGAAAAGGAGCCGUGGUUUAUGGUAUUUGAAGGAUUUUUGGAAAAAGAUUCUAUAUAGACGAGAGGGGAUUCAGUACUCUAUUAAUCAUACUUUUAGAGAAUUUAAUGCUGUUGCGGAUGAUUUAGCAAAAAUGGGUGCUAAAGGUUUGAACAAGUUAUGGGGGCAAUUAUAG